GGGGUGAGUGCGGCCUGUCCGCCCGCUGUGCGCAGGCGGCAGCGCAGCCACCCCGCCCGGUACAGCGCCGGCGGGGGGUGCUGCUUCGUGUUGGCGGCGGGCGGGGUCCGGCUCAGGGCGAGCAGCCGCCAGCUGCGCUCGGCUCCGCCGAGCAGCGCGGGCAGCGCGGCCGCCGCGGGGCUGGCGGGGCGCGGGCGGCCUCUCGCCGCGGCGAGGCCCGGGCCGAAGCCGCUGCUGAGUCACUGCGGCUCGUUAGGCCGAGGAAACUAAAGUAUGACCUGUCAGCUUCCACGUUUUCUCCAGAUGGCAGAGUGUUUCAAGUUGAAUAUGCUAUGAAAGCUGUGGAGAAUAGUAGCACAGCAAUUGGGAUAAGAUGCAAAGAUGGUGUUGUCUUUGGAGUAGAAAAACUAGUUCUGUCCAAGCUUUAUGAAGAGGGUUCCAAUAAACGUCUCUUCAAUGUCGAUCGACAUGUUGGUAUGGCAGUAGCAGGACUUCUGGCAGAUGCUCGUUCUUUAGCAGACAUAGCUAGAGAUGAGGCUUCUAACUUUAGAUCUAACUACGGUUAUGAUAUUCCAUUGAAGCAUCUUGCGGACAGAGUGGCUAUGUAUGUGCAUGCAUACACACUAUACAGCGCUGUCAGACCUUUUGGUUGUAGUUUUAUGUUGGGGUCCUAUGAUAGUGAUGAUGGUGCACAACUGUACAUGAUUGAUCCAUCAGGAGUUUCAUAUGGUUAUUGGGGGUGUGCCAUUGGUAAAGCCAGGCAAGCUGCAAAAACAGAGAUAGAAAAACUUCAGAUGAAGGAAAUGACCUGUCGUGAUGUUGUUAAAGAGGUUGCGAAAAUAAUCUACAUAGUUCACGAUGAAGUAAAGGAUAAAGCUUUUGAGCUGGAACUCAGCUGGGUUGGAGAAAUAACCAAUGGAAAACAUGAAAUUGUUCCAAAAGACAUCAAGGAAGAAGCAGAAAAAUAUGCUAAGGAAUCUUUGAAAGAGGAAGAUGAAUCAGACGAUGACAAUAUGUAACACAUUGUUACUUCGUGACAAGUUCAACUUUUUUUAACUUGCAAAAGGUUUGUUUAUAAUGUAUUAAGCAUGGGAUCCUAUUAUGUACUUGUUGGAAGAAACUGAGUGACCAACUUGCACUAAUAAAUUUUCCAUUUCACUACCUGUUAGCUUUUAUUUCAAAAGAGUGUAGGCCACCAUCAUCACAAAGCAACUGUACUCUGCGUCAAAACAGACAUUAAGAAGGAAAGGCAUUAUCAGGCUUGUGUUGCUCCUUCUUACUACAGCACUCUGAGCCAGGCUAGGUACGAAAAAGCAGUCUGCAUAGAAAUUUGAAAAGUCUCAUGUUUAUAUGGCAUA